AACAGCAUAACAACAUACAUAUCACGUGCUGGACGCUGGACGUGAGCGAAGGAGCGAAGGUGCGCGUGUCGUGCCGGCGUGAGAUUCAACGGCCAGUCAGCCGAAAUUGGACGAGAUUGAGCGUUGUCGUGGUGGUGGGAGAUAUCUUUGGUACACGCCGCUCGGGAGUGGGCAGCAGCACGCGUGAACCCUCAUCACAGCGCAAGCCACGCGAGACGACACUCCCACGACCGGCCAACGCCAACGCCAACGCCUGCUUCCAGCCCACCGCAUCGCAUCAUCGCUGCCCGCACCGCACCGCCCACCGCACCACACACACCACAUCCCACUGCGCAGCAUCGAUACCACCGCAUGUCGCACACGUCACUGUCCGCCCACCUGCAUCCAUCGGCGCCGCAGCACAGGGCGUGAGCGUGAGCCUCCGCCAGGUCAGGCCCACUGCUGCCCUGCCUGCAUGAACCUGGCCACGCUACCCUAAUAAUUCCACCGCGUUUCAGCACCAGCAAGCACCAGCAGGACUGCCGGCGGCAGCGCCAGGCACCACUCCGCCCACCCAGGCCAUCCCGCGCCGUCAGCAGCAGCAUCUCCGCAGCCCGGAUCUGGGAGACUCCCGCACGCUACCACUGCCUCUGCCUCCGACGACGACAUGUCGGCAGCCGCGUCGCCAACUGCUGCCCUGCCUCGUCCUGCGACCAAUACCUCUCCCCAGUCGAGGUCUGCGGCUUACUCCUCCGACCGUGAAGCUGCCCGCCUGCCCCAUCGCACCCACUCCAACUCGCACCGUUCAUCCGCCGGCCCUUCUUCGCCCCGCCGGUCAAUGUCCACAUCGCAAGCCUCGAACACGCCCGCAUCGCACAGUCGUCAGCCCUCUGGCAACCUCGAAAAGGUGUCGCGCCACGAUUACGAGCAGAGCAAUGUAGCUCAACCCCAUGCACCUCCCUCCUCCUCGUCGCGACGGAGCGACUCGCACGAGCCCGCCAUGAACGGCACCGGUGCUCAUCCGCAGCGGACUGAUUCUCUACGAGCUCCUUCAUCGCACGCGCGGACGUCUUCUCGCUACCAUGACCAACCCACGCCUGCCCCCAGCGGAGGUAGUGACGUCCGGUCAGGACAGCAACCGACCAACCUCAGACGGAGGACUACACUGGAUGCAGCCUCCGGGACUUGGGAACUGGGCAAAACCAUUGGUGCGGGCAGCAUGGGCAAGGUGAAGCUCGCCAGGAACAAGGAGACGGGUGAGCAAGUGGCCGUCAAGAUUGUGCCGCGAAACAGCCAAGGUGAGGAGCACCGCAGCCAGGCGGAGAGGGAGCGGGCAGAGCACAGCAAAGAAGUCCGAACCGCGCGAGAGGCGGCCAUCGUCACCCUGGUCGACCAUCCAUACAUCUGUGGCAUGCGGGACGUCGUACACACAAACUACCACUGGUACAUGCUCUUCGAAUACGUCAACGGUGGCCAAAUGCUCGAUUAUAUCAUAUCGCAUGGUAGACUUAAGGAGAAGCAAGCGCGCAAAUUUGGCAGACAAAUCGCAAGCGCCCUCGACUAUUGUCACCGGAACAGCAUCGUACAUCGGGACUUGAAGAUUGAGAACAUCCUCAUCAGUAAGACGGGAGAUAUCAAGAUCAUCGAUUUUGGUCUCUCCAAUCUGUUCUCUCCUAAGAGUACUCUCAAAACCUUUUGUGGAAGUUUAUAUUUUGCGGCUCCGGAGCUAUUGCAAGCGAAACAAUAUACUGGUCCCGAAGUGGAUGUGUGGAGUUUUGGAAUUGUUUUAUACGUGCUCGUCUGUGGGAAGGUACCAUUUGACGAUCAGAGUAUGCCGCAAUUGCAUGCCAAGAUUAAAAAGGGCUUCGUCGAGUAUCCACCUUGGCUGAGUAACGAAUGCCGAGGAUUGAUUGCGCGAAUGCUGACUACGAACCCUCUGGAACGUGCAUCACUGCAGGAGAUCAUGACACAUCCCUGGAUGACCAAAGGAUUUAAUGGACCUCCGGAAAACUACCUGCCCGAGCGGAAACCCUUGAUGCUACCCCUUGAUCCGGUUGUCAUUGACAAAAUGACGGGUUUUGACUUUGGCACGGCAGAGCACAUCACCACGCAGCUAACCAAGGUUGUGGAAUCGGCAGACUACCAGAACGCGAUCAAGAUGCAACGUCAACGUGCUGCCGCUCCACCACCAGAGACCGACCAAAGGCGAGGCGUCUUCAAUUUCUACAAAAGGCGAAGCUCAACCACUAGUAGGGACACACUGAAUACACCAUCGGCUGAGGCGAUUCAGGUGGGCUCAGAUCCUUUGAACGCAUUCCACCCCUUGAUAUCUGUAUAUCAUUUGGCACAGGAGAAGAUCGAACGAGAGGCAAAGGAGAAGAAUCCUGGUGCCCUUUCUAUGCCGCAUGUAGCAGGAGAAAAGCCUCUCGGCAUGGUGGAUCUUCCCGCGCCUGCGCCUGCACAUACUAACGCUUCUGCAUACGAGAUGGCCGGCGAGAAGCCUACCGGUGGGCGCUCGCGGCCUCGUGCACGUACGCAUGGAGAGGACGAGGUGACCCAGGAUAUGCGGAACAUUCAUCCUACUGCCACAUCGACAUCGCAACACCCGACGAUCGUCGAACCGGAGAAGCCUCCUCAUAAUCGCAAGGAGAGCGUCGCUGGUGGUCUGCUCAGGAGGUUUAGCAAACGAGAAAGGUCCGAGAGGCCGAACCACCCCCCUUCAUCGCUGGACAGGUACAAUAGCGAGACACCGAGAAAGAGCUUCAGCAUGCGACGCACGCGGGAUCGUAGUCAGAAUCGCGAAGCUAGUCAAACACGAGAAGGAGUGCGACCGGAAACCGCCGCAAGCAAACAGAGUGACUUAUUGGUACCGCCAGGUGCCGCCGCCGCCACUGGUGAUGCCACGAAUGAGAAAACGCCGCCGCCUUCGACCACGCCUUCCAAACGGAGUCACGGGCUCGGACGAUCCGUCAGUGUCAACUCGAGCGACAUUCGAAGACGCCUGACGAAGCGCGGCGCGUCCGAGGGAUCAUCCAAACGUCCACCAUUAAUAUCCACGGGAAGCUCGGAGAAUCGUAAAGUGUCAUUCGAUCAGAGCAGCAGCAUACGGGAGGCCCAAUCUGACGCUGAAGGACCAGCAAAGCCAACCAGUGCUUUUGCCACUCGGGCACGAUCUCUGGGACAUUCUCGUAAAGAGAGCAUGCAGGUCCGCAGGGCGAGACGCGAGCAGGCUCGGAAUGGCCAGGCAGACCUGCCCGAGGAGACCGAUGCGGAGUUGAUGGACGAAGUUGACACCAAGAAUGGCAGUGGAAGUCCUAACAUGAAACCUGUCUACUUGAAGGGAUUGUUCAGUGUCAGCACGACCAGCAGCAAGCCCCUGAACUUCAUACGUGCGGACCUGAUACGAGUAUUGCAAGAGCUGGGGGUCGAGUAUAGAGAAGUCAAAGGUGGCUUCUCUUGCAAACAUGCCCCCAGCAUUGUACCGAAGACCGGACCUGAGGAAGCAGCACCAGCACCACUCACGCCUCCUGUGGACACCCACCACAAACGCAAAAUCAGCUUUGGAGGCUUCCGAUCCCAACAACAACAAUCUGCAGAGGCCGGGGGCGAGCCGUCGAAGACUCCUCGUAAGAAGCCUAGCUACACGACCGGCGCCUCGGAAGAAGACAGCGAAGAGGAUCCACCAACCAGCCACCCUCGAGCAUCAGCGCAACAGCGUGCCGCAGGAGAAACGAGCACGCAUGUGCAGAAUGAUUUUGGAGAAGGGCUAGCUCUGAAGUUCGAGAUCUUUGUCGUCAAAGUUCCAUUGCUAAGCUUACACGGAAUCCAAUUCAAGAAAGUUGACGGUGGCACAUGGCAGUACAAGAAUAUGGCGCAGAAGAUAUUGAACGAAUUGAGGCUGUAAAGGAAUGGAACGCGAACAGCAUCCGAUGGGAUCUCGAGGUCGUAGAAUGGAAGAUCAUGGGAAGCGAAAUCGAUAUAUGGGACUUCUUCCUUUCUGGUAAUAAGGAUCGAUCGAAUGCAUUGAGCAGCAGCUUGCAUGAGCGGGUCUUGUUUUCAAAGUUGCUGCUUGCCGAGGAGUUUAGUCGAUUCGGGAAGAGAGUACAAACUUUUUCUUGAUAUUCCUUGUUUUUAGUCAAGCGAAAGAGAGGGAGAGAUAGCGGAGGAGAAGCAUGCAUGCAUAAUUGACUGAUAGACCGCGAUUGUAUUGUGGUGGUCUGGUUUUACCUUAUCGUUCCGUUUUCGUCCCUUUUUCGACACAUGCAAUGCCUCUCACUAUCUUCUUGCUCUCUUCUGCAAUGCUUCACUUUACGCCUUUCCGACCCCCAUAACCUUCUCCUUCAACCCCACAUUCUCUGACCCUUCCUCGCCAUCCACAGGCGCCAAAUUCCCCUUCGCAGGCCCCAUCAAAUUUUUGCCUUCUUUACUAAACCUACUACCAUGCACGGGACAAUCC